AUGGGUACUAGAUGCAUGGCAAUCUCAUGGCCUCUUCUUCUGGUCAUAGUUCAUGCAGUUCUAUCCAUUUCAUCUCUUCCCUCUCUAUCCCAUGCAAGAACACUACCCCCUGCUAAGGGAAGCACUCUUAAUGAGACCAAGCUCUUCUCUCGAAAAGCUGGCGGUACCGGCCGGGGAGGCGGCCAUGGCUUCGGCAUAAGCAUAGGCCGUAACAAGUCAGGGAUCGACAUCGGUAUCGGUGGGGGAGUGGGAGGCGGGGUUGGGACAAGUCACGGUGGUGGAGAGAGCGCGGGCGGUGGGGUUGGCGUCGGCGUCGGCAUCCACGCAGGAAAGGGUGGAGUGGACGUUGGGAUAGGUGUGGGUGGUGGAGGUGCGGCCAGUGGGAAGCAUGGGAGUGUUGGUGCGGGUGGUGGAGGUGGAGUCGGUAUUAGCAUUGGGCGCGGAGGUGUGAGUGUGAGCACCGGUGGUGGCGCCGGAGGUGGUGGGGGGAGUGGUGGUAGCGGCGGUGGGGGAUCGGGAGGUGGCGGUGGAGUUGGGCGCGCCGGUGGGGCGGUGGGGAGUGGCGAAGGCUAUGGAAGUGCGAGUGGAAGCAGUGGAAGCGGGAGAGGAAGCGGGUCGGGCUCAGCGGGAGGAGCCCAGGGAGGAGGAGGUGGUGGGGGUGGUGGCCGUGGUUGA